AAAAUCACGUUUCUUUGAAAGCAAAGGUAGCGUAUUUAAUUAAAGUACUACAUUACUCGCAAUAAAAUGAUUGAAACCAAACCGAAGAAACGGAAUGUGUCGAAGAAGAACAAAAAAUCGUGGCGUAAAAAUGUGGACAUAGAAGAUGUUAACAAAUUCUUGGAGGACUCUCGGCUGGAGGAGAGGUUAGGUUCUUUUUCCAAUCGCGAGAAUUCCGAUUUAUUUGUAGUUUCUACAAAGCCGGAGGUUCUUUCAAAAAAAGCACGCCGUGAAUUAUUGCAGUGUAAGGAACCACGAUGUUUCAACAUUUUGAAGCAUCAUUCAUCAGUACCGGAUCCAAUAACGAAGCGAAAUCGCGUGAGAUCGAAGGAAGAGAGAAUGAAUCCUAUUCUCCGUAAAAAGGAAGCUCUCAGAAAGGCUCAGGGUAUUUUGAAAUUGAAAGAAAGACUGAGGUUAAAGAAUAGGAGUAUCGCUGAACAAAAGAGGCUGCUCUUAAGCAAACCGAAAAGGGGUGAGUUUACGGAAGAUGCAUGGAAGAAGAAGCUUGAGAAUGAAGUGAAGCCUGAUUGGAUGUCUUCGGAUACUCUAAGGCAUACAAUGUAUCAUUUUGGAGAAAAGAAGAAACGAAUACCUACCUCGUUACAUAAAAAGCCUUCAGUAAUACCAGCAAUUGAAGCACCGCAUCCAGGAAUGUCUUAUAAUCCUUCGUACGAAGAUCAUCAGAAGUUAUUACAAGAGGUCAAAGAAAAAGAAAUGGAGCUAAUCAAGGAAGAAAAACAUCUGGAAAGAGUUACCACAAGGAUGUUUAAGAAGGUUUCACAAGAACAAAAAGAAAAGAACUUUAUGAAUGAAAUGUCAGAAGGUUUAAAUUUAGAGGAGGGUCAAAAUGCUAUGGACGAUGAUGAUGAUGGUGAUCCAGAAGUGAAGUCUGUAAAUCCUCCAGUGCAAAAUGUGAAAAAAACUCGUGUACAGAGGCGUAAACAAAAAGAACAAAAGGAGUUAGCGCAUCAGAUUCAAAAAGAGAAAGUAGAGAAGAAGAAAAUUUCAGAUAUUUACAAAUUGAGAUUGAUGGAUAACCAGUUGACUAAGAAAGAAAAGAAACAGAAAAUGCUACGGGAAAAAAGGUUGAAAAAUAAAGCUGUGAAAGCAAUGGGUACUAAAGUCCUUAGUAAAGUGAAAUUUGAGCCUUUAGAACCUGAUUUUAAAUUAUCGGAAGAAUUAACUGGAAAUUUAAGGAAUUCUACACCGGCAGGUAAUCUACUGAAAGAUAGAUUCAAAUCUUUUCAGCAGAGAAAUAUCGUGGCUCCAUCUGUAUUUAAACUGAAACGAGACAAGGCUAAAGUGAAACGAUUUAUAAAACCAGAUCACAGGAUUGAUGUGACUAAUGUGCAACAAUGAUGUAUAGAUGUGUAAUUUUCAUGAAGUCAUGUAUGUACAUAGAAUAAAUAACA